AUAUACCAUUCUGUGCAACAUGGCAGACGCUGAGGAUUUGUUUAGUGUGUUUGAAGAUGUACCGAGUACAAGCACAAAUAAAUUCUUGAAGAAGCAUGAAAAAAUACCAGAAGUGAAGGAUGAGAAAGGAUCACCUAUAUUGAAUGAACAUAUGAGUUCUGAUGACUUUGUGAAGUCUGUGAUUGAAGGAAAACGUGGCUUUGGUGAUGAUGAAGAAGGUGAAACUCUGGCUAAAAAACAGAAGACUGAGUGCUUACUCGAUGAUAUUAACCCAUCAGAUUAUUCUUCUAGAAUUCAGAUUCAUACCGUGGAAAGUUUGGAAGCUUGCUUACAUGAGGUAGCUGUACCUCCAGAUUUAGAAUAUGUACCACUGAGAACAUUUUCAGGUAAACCAGUGAAGGAAUAUUCUUUUAUUCUUGACCCCUUCCAGAAGGAGGCUAUCCUUUGCCUUGAAAAUAACCAGUCUGUGCUAGUUUCAGCUCACACUUCAGCAGGGAAGACUGUAGUUGCUGAAUAUUCCAUUGCUAUGUCACUGCAAAACAAACAGCGUGUGAUUUAUACGACUCCAAUUAAAGCCCUGAGUAAUCAAAAGUACAGAGAAUUUUAUGAGGAGUUCAAAGAUGUUGGUUUAAUGACUGGUGAUGUUACAAUAAACCCUUCAGCUAGCUGUUUGAUUAUGACAACAGAGAUCUUGCGUAGUAUGCUGUAUAGAGGUUCUGAAGUGAUGAGGGAAGUAGGAUGGGUGGUGUUUGAUGAGAUUCACUACAUGAGGGACAAAGAGAGAGGAGUUGUUUGGGAAGAAACCAUCAUUUUAUUACCAGACACAGUUCAUUUUGUAUUUCUGUCUGCAACUAUUCCAAAUGCAAUCCAGUUUGCCGAGUGGAUCUGCCAUUUACAUAAUCAGCCUUGCCAUGUGGUUUAUACAGAAUACAGACCUGUUCCUUUACAACAUUAUAUUUUUCCAUCUGGUGGAGAUGGGCUACACAUGGUUGUGGAUGAAAAUGGUACUUUCAAAGAAGAAAACUUUAACACUGCAAUGUCAGUGUUACAGAAUGUUGGAGAUGCUGCAAAGGGAGAUCAGGGAAUGAAAGGAAGAAAAGGUGGAUUCAAAGGAGAAUCCAACUGUUACAAGAUUGUGAAAAUGAUAAUGGAAAGAAACUUUGCACCUGUAAUUGUGUUCAGUUUUAGCAAAAAAGAAUGUGAAGCAUAUGCUCUACAAAUGUCAAAGUUGGAUUUAAACACAAAUGAAGAAAAAAAUCUUGUUGUUGAAGUCUUCAAUAAUGCUAUGGAUGUGUUGUCAGAAGAAGACAAAAAACUUCCUCAGGUUGAACAUGUUCUGCCACUUUUGAAACGAGGAAUUGGGAUUCAUCAUUCAGGUUUGUUGCCAAUAUUAAAAGAAACAAUAGAAAUUCUCUUCUCCGAAGGUUUGAUUAAGGCAUUAUUUGCAACAGAGACAUUUGCGAUGGGAUUAAAUAUGCCUGCAAGAACAGUUCUUUUUACAAAUGCUCGGAAGUUUGAUGGGCAAGAUUUCAGAUGGGUAACAUCAGGAGAAUAUAUACAGAUGAGUGGACGUGCUGGUCGACGAGGAUUGGAUGAACGAGGAAUAGUUAUUUUGAUGGUUGAUGAGAAGAUGAGCCCCUCUGUUGGGAAAGAUAUUGUAAAGGGUCUGCCAGAUCCUAUUAACAGUGCCUUUCAUCUGACAUACAACAUGGUUUUGAACUUGUUGCGUGUUGAGGAAAUAAACCCAGAAUACAUGCUGGAACGAAGCUUUUUUCAGUUCCAGAAUUAUGCAGCCAUACCCCAGCUUUAUGACAAGCUAAAGGAGAAGCAGGAAGACCUAGAUAAACUUGUGAUACCAAGAGAACAAGAAGUUUCUACUUAUUACAAAAUCAGGCAACAGUUGGCAAACCUGGCUAAAGAGUUCCAGAGUUACAUAACCAAACCUUUGUACUGUGUUCCAUACUUACAGCCUGGAAGGAUGAUUAAGGUAAAGAACGGUGAAGAUGAUUUUGGCUGGGGAGUUGUUAUAAAUUAUCAAAAGAAAACAUCUCCAAAGGAUAACCCAGCAGAUGUUGAAACUACUUAUGUUGUUGAUACUUUACUGCAUGUGUCCAAAGACAGUGCAAAAACAAAGGUAACUUCACAGUUGAAACCUCCACCCCCUGGAGAAAAGGGAGAAAUGCAGGUAGUGCCAGUAAUGCUACAUCUAAUAUGUCAGAUUAGUUCUGUAAGGCUUUACUACCCACAAGAUCUGAGACCCUUGGACAACCGCAUGUCUGUUCUCAAAUCCAUACAGGAGGUUCACAAGAGAUUUCCCAAAGGUGUGCCUUUGUUAGACCCUAUAGAAGACAUGGGGAUAAAGGAGAAAGGUUUCAAAGAUAUUGUUAGGAAAAUUGAAGCUUUUGAACAUAGACUUUACAACCAUUCUUUGUAUGGCGAUAGAGAGAUAGAAGACCUGUAUAAAAUGUUUGAUAAAAAGAUGGCUCUCGUUCAAGAAAUGAAGGGUGUUAAAGCUGAAUUGAAGAAAGCCAAGUCUUUGCUUCAGAUGGAUGAACUUAAAUGUCGAAAGCGUGUUUUACGACGACUUGGGUAUUGUACAGCUACAGAUGUAAUUGAAGUGAAGGGACGAGUUGCUUGUGAAAUUAGUAGUGCGGAUGAGUUACUGAUAACAGAAAUGGUUUUUAAUGGAGUCUUCAAUGAUUUGAAUGUCUAUCAAGCUACAGCACUCUUAUCCUGCUUUGUGUUUCAAGAAAAAUCCAGUGAAAUGCCCAGGCUGACAGAAGAGCUGUCUGGCCCUCUUAGACAAAUGCAGGAAGCAGCUCGAAGGAUAGCCCGGGUGAGUAAAGAAGCUAAGUUAGACCUGAAUGAAGACAACUAUGUUGAAUCCUUUCGUCCCCAUUUGAUGGAUGUAAUUCAUGCAUGGAGUAACGGAGCUACCUUUGCACAAAUAUGCAAAAUGACUGAUGUUUUUGAAGGAAGUAUAAUCAGAUGUAUGAGGAGACUUGAAGAACUCUUAAGACAGAUGUGUCAAGCAUCCAAAGCUAUAGGAAACACAGAACUAGAGAACAAGUUUGCUGAAGCCAUCAAGCUAAUCAAGAGAGACAUUGUGUUUGCAGCAAGCUUGUACCUGUAGUUUGAAGAAUCAUUAUAUUGUACAUUUAAAACUAAACUUUUAAGCUGUUAAAAUGAUCAAGCUCAUUAAACAAUAAAUGUGAUGAAACAUUCAUUUUUUUGAUACUUCAUCAUACUUAUUAGACAUAAUUCUAGACUUGUCAUUGUUAAUAAACCAUUUCCACAAUGUA